UUCAGCGCACCGACUCAAUUUGCCGCGAAAAUCUCUGUGAAAGAAUUGAAACAAACCGUAGACGGCAAUGGCCCGACCUCCAAUCCUCGAUCUCUCGCUCCAUUUUUGUAAAACUAUUCGAUUUUCGUUCUCAAAUUCGAACCACUGCCAAUUCGAUUCUGUAUGUGUCUGUUCCGCUUCUCUUUCGCGGAAUCCGAGGCCACCGGAGUCCGCCAUGGAAAAUGGAUAGACUUCUGAGCAGGCCGGCGAACCACCUCCGCCACAUCCGGCGACCUUCCUUCCCCGACCAACUCCUCCACCUCAUAUGGCGGCGCCACCAGAUUCUAGACCCCAAUGGCGACGUUGUGACCCUCUGGAACCACGUCUUCCUCCUCACCUGCAUCCUUGCCCUCUUCAUCGACCCGCUCUAUUUCUACCUCCCCUAUGUCGGCGGCCCCGCCUGCAUGUCCAUCGACGUCGGCCUCGGGGUCGCCAUCACCUUCUUCCGCACCCUCGCCGACCUCUGCUUCUUGUUCCACAUGAUCAUGAAGUUCCGCACCGCCUUUGUCGCCCCCAGUUCUAGGGUUUUCGGCCGCGGAGAGCUCGUCAUGGACCCCCACCAGAUCGCUAUGCGCUACCUCAAGUCCAAUUUCAUCAUCGAUCUCGCCGCUACGCUUCCGUUACCUCAGAUUGUCAACUGGAUUAUAAUUCCAGCAACUAGAAACAACAGAGCUGAUUACGCCAACAACACCGUUGCUCUAAUUGUUCUCCUUCAAUAUAUUCCUAGAUUGUUUGUCAUGUUUCCCUUAAAUCAGAGGAUCAUUAAAACUACAGGCGUCAUUGCUAAGACUGCUUGGUUAGGAGCUGCAUACAAUCUCCUUCUCUUCAUGCUAGCCAGUCAUGUUCUUGGAGCAUCAUGGUAUCUAUUGUCUAUAGGGCGGCAGCACUCCUGCUGGAGACAGGAAUGUCGAAAUGAGAGGAAUGCCAAACCUUCCUGUGUGAUCAAUUAUCUGGACUGUGCUAGUUUAAAUCAUCCUAUGAGAAAUAAAUGGCUAAAUGUCACACGUGUGCUUGCUCAUUGUGAUGCAAAGAAAGAUGAUACUGAUUUUAAGUUCGGAAUGUUUGCAGCAGCAUUUACCUCUGAAGUUGCUUCCUCACGUUUUAUUGAGAAGUAUCUUUAUUGCCUUUGGUGGGGUUUAAGAAAUUUAAGUUCUUAUGGACAGAAUUUGGACACAAGCACUUAUAUUGGUGAGACAUCAUUCUGCAUUAUUAUAUGCAUUGGGGGUUUGGUUCUAUUUGCUCAGUUGAUUGGGCAAAUGCAGACUUAUCUGGCGUCUAUGACGGUGAGACUUGAAGAAUGGAGGAUAAAACGAAGAGAUACAGAGGAGUGGAUGAGGCACCGCCAAUUACCUGUGGAAUUGCAAGAACGUGUUCGUCGCUUUGUUCAGUAUAAAUGGAUUGCCACAAGGGGAGUUGAUGAGGAAUCUAUUUUGCAGUCAUUGCCUGUAGACCUCCGUCGUGAAAUUCGACGCCAUCUAUGCCUUCAGCUUGUUCGACGUGUACCGUUCUUCUCACAAAUGGAUGACCAGCUUCUUGAUGCAAUAUGUGAACGCUUAGUCUCAUCCUUAAGUACAAAAGACACCUAUAUUGUUCGUGAGGAUGAUCCUGUGAACGAAAUGCUGUUUAUCAUCAGGGGGCAGCUGGAGAGCUCGACAACCAACGGAGGGAGGACUGGAUUUUUCAACUCCAUCACCCUCAGGCCUGGUGACUUCUGCGGUGAGGAGUUACUUACAUGGGCUCUAAUGCCAAAUUCAAGUCUAAACCUUCCUUCUUCAACUCGAACCGUCAGAACGCUUACUGAAGUUGAAGCUUUCGCACUUCAAGCUGAAGAUCUCAAAUUUGUUUCUCAUCAGUUUAAGCGCCUUCACAGCAAGAAGCUCCAGCAUGCAUUCAGGUACUACUCUCACCAGUGGAGGACAUGGGGUUCUUGCUUCAUACAAGCUGCAUGGAGAAGGUUUAAAAAGAAAAAACUGGCAAAGGAAUUGGCUCUACAAGAAAGCUUCUAUUACAUGCGAAUCUCUGACCAGGAAAGUAACUAUGGUGAUGAGCAGGCUAGUGAAAACUAUGACGAUAGCAGCGGUGAUAACUCAUUUAUGGAUAAGGAAAACAAUGCGCAGAAUCUUGGAGUCACCAUUUUGGCUUCAAAGUUUGCUGCAAACACAAAGAGAGGGAUGAACCAGAAGGUUCAGGUGGUUGAUCCUGAUUCCAGCCUAAAAAUGCCCAAGUUGUUUAAGCCAGAUGAACCUGAUUUCUCAGCAAUCAGAGAUGUUUAGUUAGUGCAGGAGUCAUAGGAAGAAGGGAACCACUGAUAGGUCAGUCUGGAUUCUUUAUAUGGUUUAACCUUUUUGAACUAAAUUAUAG